AUAAUUCGUGUAAAUUUUUUAAUUUUUAUAGACAUGCACUAUGGAAAGAUACAAAGUUUAUGUUUAAAAAUGGAUUUUUUCUGUAUGAAAGUGGAGACAGUUCCUUGUAUAGAGCAUACAUUUAGUUUGUUUUAAUAUCUAAGAGUAUCGCAAAGCAAAAUAUUUACUUUAUACACAAAAAUCGUUCAAAUAAUAUUACACAACUUCUCAUGAGGUACACAGUUUAUGGAGAAUUAACUGCCGUAAACAAUGGUUGGCUUCGAUAAACAACAUGAAAAAUUAACUCAGUUCGACUUUGCUUUUGCAGGGGGAGCGUCAGGAUGUAUAACUCGUGCAACUUGUCAACCCUUAGAUGUUUUAAAAAUUAGAUUUCAGCUGCAAGUUGAGCCCAUAUCACAUAAGGCUGUUUCAAAGUAUCGUUCAAUCUUUCAAGCAGUGUAUUUAAUUAGUCGAGAAGAAGGAAUCAAGGCAUUUUGGAAGGGUCAUAUACCAGCACAAUGGCUUUCAAUUAUUUAUGGAAUUGUACAGUUUUGGACUUUCGAGGUUCUGUCAAAAAAGGCAUACCAAUUGAAUUUGCCUGCACAUACAUCUCCUAUUGUGAAUUUUGUCUGUGGAAGUGCAGCAGGUUGUACCGCCACCGUAGUUUCUUUUCCAUUUGAUGUAAUACGGACACGACUAGUAGCGCAGAGUGAACAAAAAAAAGUCUAUGAGGGUAUUCUACACGCUGGUCAGAACAUUUGUAGGAAUGAGGGGCCAAUGGUACUUUUCAGAGGUUUGUGGCCUACUGUAAUACAAAUCGGACCUCAUGCUGGUGCCCAAUUCAUGUGCUACAAGAUCUUCGAUGACUUGUACAAAACGUUCGUCCACUCGACUCACACUACUUUAUCGAGUAGCUUAGUAGCAGGUAGUUUAGCAGGAUUAUGCGCAAAAACAUUUAUAUAUCCCUUCGAUCUAGCAAAGAAACGAUUGCAGAUACAAGGUUUUGAGGAAGGCAGGGCAGUUUUUGGGGGUGUUCAUUUUCAGUGUAAAGGAUUGACCGAUUGCUUGGUGAGAAUAUAUAAAGUGGAGGGUGUACCGGGUUUCUUUAAAGGUUUAGCUCCUAGUUUAAUAAAAGCCGUUUUCACUACAGCUUUGCAUUUUAGUAGUUACGAAAUGAUAUGUAAUUUAUUGUUAUAUGCGAGAACAAAUUUUUAGUAUAGUUUCAUUUUGAGGAAAUCUCUAUUAUAUUUAAGGUUAAAACUGUUUCGUUUGCUCAGUCGAAGACCAAAGAUAUUGCUCGAAUUAUUUAUGUACCUCAUAUUUGUGAUAUUCUAGGUUUAUUUGUUGAAAAACAGAGCUGCGUAUAGUUUAUUUUAAUUGUUUGUUGAAAAUUCUGUUAUUGCUUUUCUGUUACUGAUUUGUUAAGAUAAAGCGAUUACUACUUGAACGUAUUUGUAUGUAUCUUGUGUUUAUUUUUUCUCUUUUGUCUUACACGCCAAAUGAUCGUUUGCGUAACGAAUAACGAAUAAUAAAAAGUUUUUUUACAAUCAGUUUGAAAACAAACUGAUUUGAAUUAUUUGAAAAAUAGUUUUGUGCAAAAAAAAUG